UUCAAAUAAAAUGGCAAAACUGCAAUUUUUUUGAUUUGAAAUCGACAUCAUUUUAGAUAUAAAAUGUGCUUUAUACGAUCAUUUCCCGAUUAAUAGUGUGCACAUUAACUGUCAGACUUACUGACUAUUAGUUACCAUUACAAAAAAGUCUGCAAUGUCACAUCAGCGCAAGCGCACAUCUCGCAACCUUGCGAUCAAUGCCGCGCGUCCGUUUAGUCUAUUCUUCUUGCAGUCUUUGGCAGAAUCUGUCACCGCAAACAUGUCCAGUAUACGCGAUAAGUCCGCUAGAUCACGUAAUUCCAAUUAUCAGCAAGACAUUCGAUAUGUUUUCAAGUUGAAUAACUGGAUUAUGGGAUCGCUCGGUAUUUGGCCAAUCGCGAUACGAGGCAUUGGAAAACACAUGUCCAAGAUUGCAAUCGCUAUCUUUAAUUUCGCGUUGAGCUUCGCGAUAGUGCCUUGCGCUUUGCAUAUCAUUUAUGAUCAAAAGAAUAUCAACGUAAGGCUGCGCUUAAGUGGUCUUCUAGCAUUCUGUCUCACAGCAAUGACAAAAUACUGCAUCUUCAUGAUACAUCGUCCUAAGAUACAUGCUUGCAUCGAAUACGUGAAGAAUGAUUGGUGGCAGUUACUAGCAACACUGUGA